AAGAGGGAGCGCUGUGACCCCCUGUCCGUGACAGUCAUUUCAGGGCCCCCGGGCGGGCUGUGAGCGCGGCCGGCGCUGGCGGUGGCGGUGCGGGUGCCGGCCGCCCGCCGCGCCGCACGGAGCAUGCCUCUGAGCCCCGCCGGCAGCCAGCAUGAGAGCCCCGAGUCGCCGCCGCCGGAGCCGCCGCCGGAGCGCCAGCCCCGCGCCGCCGCCGCCGGGGAGCCGGGAGCCGGCCUGCGGGAGGAGACGCGGCUCGACCCGGCCCGGGGCCCCGCCGGGCCCCGCUCCCCCAAGCUGGCGGCCCCGGCGCGCAUGGAGGAGCCCGCGCCCGGCGCCAUCGUCGUCCGCAUCGGCAUCCCCGACCUGCAGCAGACGAAGUGUCUCCGGCUGAACCCCGACGUUCCCGUGUGGGUGUCCAAGCAGCGCAUCCUGUGCACGCUGAACCACAGCCUGAAGGAUGUGCUCAACUACGGCCUCUUCCAGCCGGCCUUCAACGGCAGGGCCGGCAAGUUCCUGGACGAGGAGCGGCUGCUGCGGGAGUACCCCCUGAACCCCGACACGCCCGUGCCCUACCUGGAGUUCCGCUACAAGCGCCGCGUGUACACCCAGGCCCUGCUGGAUGACAAGCAGUUUGCCAAGCUCCACACCAAGGCAAACCUCAAGAAGUUCAUGGAGUACGUGCAGAUGUUGAACGCGGAGAAGGUCUGCAGGCUCCUGGAGAAGGGACUGGACCCCAACUUCCACGAUCCGGAUACUGGAGAGUGUCCCCUGACGGCGGCGGCGCAGCUGGAGCUCAGCACCGAGAUGAUCAAGGCCCUGCGCAACGGGGGAGCCCACCUGGAUUUCCGGACGCGGGAGGGGAUGACGGCCCUGCACAAGGCCGUGCGCUGCCGCAACCACGCCGCGCUGCUGAUGCUGCUGGACCUGGGAGCGUCCCCGGACUACAAGGACAGCCGGGGGCUGACACCCCUGUACCACAGUGCCAUGGUGGGGGGGGACCCGUACUGCUGCGAGCUCCUCCUGCACGACUACGCCCGGCUGGGCUGCGUGGACGAGAACGGCUGGCAGGAGAUCCACCAGGCGUGUCGCUACGGCCACGUGCAGCACCUGGAGCACCUCCUGUUCUACGGGGCCGACAUGACCGCCCAGAACGCCUCAGGAAACACCGCCCUGCACAUCUGUGCCCUCUACAACCAGGAGAGCUGUGCCCGGGUUCUCCUCUUCCGUGGUGCCAGCAAGGAGAUUCGGAACUACAACAGCCAGACGGCGUUCCAGGUGGCCAUCAUUGCAGGGAAUUUCGAGCUGGCCGAGAUCAUCAAAACCCACAAAGAGUCCGAUGUUGUGCCUUUCCGAGAGACGCCGAGCUACACGAAGCGGCGGCGGAUCCUGGGCGGCGGUGGCCUGGCGUCCCCGCGGCUGCUGCAGCGCUCGGCCAGCGACAACAACCUGAAGGCCGAGAGCCGGGCGUCCUACUCGCCGGUGCCGUCGCUGCGCAGCCUCCCGCCCCAGCUGCUGGUGCAGAUGCAGGAGGCGGCGGCCGGGGUGGUGGUGGCGGCGGGGGACGGCAGCCUGGCCAGCUCGGGCAGCGCCCGCAGCGCCCACAGCCGCUCCCCGUCCCUGCAGCGCGUGCAGGAGGAGAAGGAGGCCGACCUGCCCACGCUCCGGAGGAGCAGCCGCGGCAAGGCCAGCCCCGGCGGCCCGGCCGGGCCCCCCGGCCCCGGAGCCGAGCCCGCGCCGCACGCCGCGCCCGCCCCGCUGCGCGGGCCCAAGCGGAAGCUGUACAGCGCCGUGCCCGGCCGCAAGUUCAUCGUGGUGAAGAGCUACGCGCCGCAGGGCGAGGGCGAGAUCCAGCUCAACCGCGGAGAAGCCGUCAAGGUGCUGAGCAUCGGCGAAGGCGGGUUUUGGGAAGGCACCGUGAAGGGCAGGACUGGCUGGUUCCCAGCAGAAUGUGUGGAGGAGGUGCAGAUGAGACAAUAUGACUCCCGGCAAGAAACCAGAGAAGACAGAACCAAGCGGCUCUUCCGACAUUAUACUGUGGGCUCUUACGACAACUUCACCUCUCACAGUGACUACAUCAUUGAGGAGAAGACGGCCGUGCUGCAGAAGAGGGAGCAUGAGGGAUUCGGGUUUGUAUUGCGAGGGGCCAAAGCUGAAACCCCGAUCGAGGAGUUCACCCCGACCCCGGCCUUCCCAGCGCUCCAGUACCUGGAAUCAGUGGAUGUGGAAGGGGUCGCUUGGAGAGCGGGGCUGCGCACAGGGGACUUUCUGAUCGAGGUGAAUGGUGUGAACGUGGUGAAGGUGGGGCACAAGCAGGUGGUGUCCUUGAUCCGGCAAGGGGGGAACCACCUGGUGAUGAAGGUCGUGUCCGUCAGCCGCAAGCCGGAGUCAGAGGAAGUCGUUCGGAAGAAGGCUCCGCCGCCUCCCAAGAGAGCGCCCAGCACCACCCUGACGCUGCGGUCCAAGUCCAUGACGGCCGAGCUGGAGGAGCUGGCCUCCAUGCGGAGAAGGAAAGGGGAGAAGCUGGAUGAGAUCCUGGCGGCCGCAGAGCCGGCGCUGAGGGCGGAUAUCGUGGAAGCAGAUUCCAGGGCAGCCACUGUGAAACAGAGACCAACCAGCCGGCGCAUCACGCCCGCGGAGAUCAGUUCCCUCUUUGAGCGCCAGGGCAUGGCAGCACACUCGGGGGUCCUGGCGGGAGCUGAGAAGCCCCACGUUUCCCUGCGCAAAGGAAUUCCACGGACAAAAUCCGUAGGAGAAGACGAGAAACUUGCUGCUUCUUUGCUCGACGGGAAGUUUCCCCGGAGCACAUCCAUGCAAGACACUGUUAGGGAAGGACAUGGGAUUCCACCGCCACCCCAGACAGCCCCACCCCCGCCUCCUUCUCCCUAUUACUUCGACACAGGACCCCCUCCAUCCUUCUCACCGCCCCCACCCCCAGGAAGAGCUUACGACACCAUCAGAUCAAGCUUUAAGCCCAGCCUGGAGGCCAAACUGCACGGCCUCCCGCAGGUCAUCAGCGCAGCCGAGAUGUACGACCAGGCCAGGACUUCCAUCCCUUACCCCGAGCGGCAGAAGAGAGCCCGAUCCAUGAUAAUCCUGCAGGAUUCCUCCCAUCUCCCCGUGGAGCCCACGGAGAUCCCCCGGCCCGGCCCGUCCGCGACCCCCCCGGAGAAGCUGAAGCGGAAGGGGAGGGUCAUCGACAACCCCUACGCCAACAUGGGGCAGUUCAACGUGAGCCUGUUCGCGCCCACCAAGCCGCAGAGGAAGAAGAGCCCCCUGGUGAAGCAGCUGCAGGUGGAGGACGCGCAGGAGCGGGCGGCGCUGGCCAUCACCGGGGGCUUCAGCAGGGAGCCCUCGCCCACCCGCCGGGGCCACCGCCUGGGCGGGGUGGAGUACCAGCACCACGCCGGCAUCGCUCAGGUUGAAGCCACGAGCAUCCCCUUUGCCACUGCCAUCGCUGGCGUCAUGAAGGACCGAGACCGUCGCCUGGAUGAGAGGCGGAAAUCCACUGUCUUCCUCUCGGUCGGGGCCAUCGAGGGGACGCCCCCCCCGCCCAGCGAGAUGCCGUCCCUGCAGCAGUCCAGGUCCAUCGAUGAGCGGUUGUUAGGAAGCCGAGAUGUUCUACUGCCUUCCCCCGUCUCAGCUUUAAAGCCAUUAAUUAGCAGCUCAUCCUCGACGUUCAUCCACCCCCUCACGGGAAAGCCCCUGGAUCCGAACUCCCCACUGGCGCUUGCGCUGGCCGCAAGGGAACGGGCCCUCUCCACCCAAGUCCCAUCCCGGUCGCCCACCCCGAUCCACAGCCCCGACUCAGACAGAGCAGCACCCCUGUUUGUGGACAUCCAAACCAAAGAACCAGAGAGGGGCGACUUGGAGAGCUUGGUGUCCCCCGCGUACUCCCCCGGAGGCAAAGGAGUGAUCGGAGCGAUCGGAGCAGACUCUGGGACUUUGGCCCCCGCCAAGAGCCCGUGGGGGACUCCAUCCACACUGAGGAAAGAGACCGAGGCCCGAGCGGAGACCCCGGGGAAGGAGGAGAAGAAACCGGAGGACAAGAAGUCCAUGAUCAUCAGCAUUGUGGACACGUCGCAGCAGAAGACCGCCGGCCUCAUCAUGGUCCACGCCACCAGUAAUGGCCAAGACGAGAUAGGACUUGAGAUAAAAGAGGAGACCCCGGCCGUCCCCGAGGCUUGCACGGAGCCGGCCGAGUCCCCCAAGGCAGAGCCCCAGCCCAGCCCCGUGGGGAAGCCCCCGGUCAGUCCCGCCGCCGACAAGACGCUGGGCCAGGGGAGCUCGGAGGAGGAGGUGGAGCCCUACACGGUCACGCUCCCGCCGGCCCAGCUGUCCUCGAGCGACGAGGAGACCAGGGAGGAGCUGGCCAAGAUAGGGCUGGUGCCUCCGCCCGACGAGUUUGCGAACGGGGUCCUGGUCACCACCCCCGGCACGCCCGUGAGCCACCUGGCUACGCCCAGCACGCCAUCCAUACCAGCGGCAGCAGUAGCACCUUCUACCACUGGCGGAACACCCUCAGGGAAGCCCUCUGAUGCCCCCGCAGCCCCGGAGUCCGCCGCGGACUCGGGAGUGGAAGAGGUGGACACCAGGAGUUCAAGCGACCAUCACCUGGAGACCACAAGCACCAUCUCCACGGUCUCCAGCAUGUCUACGUUGUCCUCAGAGAGCGGGGAGCCCACCGACACAUACACUUCCUUUGCGGAUGGACAAACUUUUAUACUCGAGAAGCCACCAGUGCCUCCAAAGCCAAAACUCAAGUCCCAGCUCAGCAAGGGGCCAGUUACUUUCAGGGACCCACUUUUGAAGCAGUCUUCGGACAGCGAGCUCAUCUCCCAGCAACAUGCGGCCACGCUGGCGUCCGCCAGCAUCGGCCGGCCACGCUACCUCUUUCAGAGAAGGUCCAAGCUAUGGGGGGACCCCAUGGAGAGCAGGCCCAUCCAUGGGGCUGACGAUGACAAGCCAACUGUGAUCAGUGAGCUAAGUUCCCGACUCCAGCAGCUGAACAAGGAUACGCGGUCGCUGGGGGAGGAACCGGCCGGGUCCACCUUAGAUCCCGGGAAGAAGUCGCCGGUGGUGGCGGCACGACUUUUCAGUAGUUUAGGAGAACUCAGCACCAUUUCCCAGCGGAGCUCCGGGACCACCUACACAGUCCGACCUGGCAGUCGCUACCCCGUCACCCGCCGCACCCCCAGCCCCGUGAAGCCGGCUCUGGACCGGACAGAGCCCCUCAGCACCGUCCGGCCCUACGGCCUGACCCCCCCCACCAUCCUCAAAUCUUCCAGCCUCUCCAUCCCCCACGAGCCCAAGGAGGUGCGUUUCGUGGUGCGGAGCGUGAGCGCCCGGAGCCGCUCCCCGUCCCCGUCGCCGUCGCCGGGGCCGCCCCUGCACACCCUGCACCCGCCGCGGCCCUUCAUGCAGAAACCCCUCCACCUGUGGAACAAGUACGACGUCGGGGACUGGCUGGAAAGCAUCAACCUGGUGGAGCACCGCGACAAGUUCGAGGACCAUGAGAUCGAGGGCACUCACCUGCCCGCCCUCACCAAGGAGGACUUCGUGGAGUUAGGGGUGACCCGUGUGGGGCACCGGAUGAACAUUGAGCGGGCGCUCAAGCAGCUGGUGGACAGCUGACCGUCCCCGGCAGCGCCGGCCUCGCCGGAGCCGCCGUGGGAAGGGGGGGCAUUUCUACCAGGCCAAUAAAACCCACUUGGAUUCUCUUUCUACUCUGAGCACUGCACUGAGGGCGCGGAGCCGAGAGGCUCCCGCCCGCUCCCGCCCCGCCCCGGCGCGCCCGGCCCCGCCACGCCCCCGGACAAGGAAUGUUGCAUGAAAUACAUCCUCGUUUCUGUUCUCCCAGAGAGUCUGGCCUGUAAAUCGCUUGAUGUGCCCUUCCCGGGGCGUUCGCGGGGCCGCAGGGGCACAGGCGCCGGGCCGGGGUGGCAGCGGGCAGGGCCAGCGGUGCAGUGGGGACCCCGUGGCCGGCCCAGGGUUUUGGCCACGGGGACAGGCAGGGACGCGCCGCGGUGGCACCUCGGGCAGGUCGGGGUGACCGCGGCGUGGAGCCCCCCGAGCUGCCCGAGGAGCAGCGGCCGGCGCCGUGGGAAGAGCAGGCAGGAGGCACCGCGGCACGGGGCCACGGCAGUGACCCUGACCCCGCGUGGGGUGGCCCUGACCCCGCGCAGGGUGGCCCUGACCCCGCGUGGGGUGGCCCUGACCCCGCGUGGGGUGGCCCUGACCCCGCGCGGGGUGGCCCUGACCCCGCGUGGGGUGGCCCUGCCGGGGUCGGAGCCGGGUGGUCCCGACAGCGCUGGGACAGGAAGGGCUGGAGCGAGGAAAGGGCUCCGUGCAAGGGCAGUGCCAGCGGUGCCAGCCAGACCUGCGCCCCUCCCGCCGUGCCAGGCCGUGCCGUGCCAACCCGAAGAGCCAUCCCCCCGCGAGACAGACCAGCCUGGACUCUGUGCUGCCGCUCCCGGGUGAGAGGGACCGAAACCGCAUGGAUCGAAGCAUGUUUGGGGCUGUCGGCGGGAGGCCGGGGGGGGGAAAACCCGCAGCAAAAGCUUUGCCAACGUUCAAAGGGGGGGCGGGGGGAGGGAGACGUUUUAUUUCCUCUUGGUUUGGGGUCUUGUUUCCAAGGGGGACGCGUUGAUGGGUAAUAUUUAAUCUCCGUGCAUUUAUAUAGAGAGCAGCUGAUGAGCUACACGAGAUGAUUCUGAACUACAGGAUUCCCCCCCCCCUCCCCACUCCGUCCUGGUCCAUCCUUAUUUUGCAUCUUUUUAAUCAGCUAUAUAUUUGAAAAGAGAGAACAAAUAUCUAUAUAUCUAUAGCUAUAGCCACCUGAUUUUGUUAUAAUUUUCCUAAAUCUCUAUAUCUCUAGACUUGAGGAGAUGCUGGCGAGGUGGUGCCCGAGCCCCUCCCGGGACGCCCAUGGCUCAUGGGAAUUUUUAGCUGACUGACUGAAUGAAUGUUAAAGUCUUUUUAAACAAAAAAAAACCCGAAAAAAAAAUCCAACAGCUCCUUUCAGACACUCUGGAUUUUAAAGAUUUAGAAACACGAAACAAAAAAAAAAAAAAAGAAAAAAAAAAAAAAAAAAAAAAGAAA